AUGGCUAACAACAACAAUAGCAAGAACGAAAUACCACCAACUAAGGAGCUCUUAAAGAAGAUCCAUGAUUUAGAACAAAGCCACGCUCAUCUCAAACAAGAAAUGUCAAAGCUAAAAAUCUCCGAUGACCAACAAAAAUCCGAACGUCAAAGGUCCAGUUCAGUAUCUCCACGCCGCCCUCGCCGGAAACACAUGGGUGGUGCAAGCGGGAUGUUCGAGGGCGGCGCUGUAGCCGCCUUCAAGAUGGGUUCAGCAUCUUUCCGCCAUUCCUCACCAUUAAGAAGAGAAACUCGCAGCGUUGACGUUAGCUACAGCAACGAUCACAACCAUAACACCUCCGUCACAUCCGCCGCCGACGGCCCUUCAGCUGUGAAGCUAACGGAAACACAAUACUUGAAUAUAUUACAAUCAAUGGGUCAAUCUGUGCAUAUAUUCGAUCUCAACGGCCACAUAAUCUACUGGAAUCGUAUGGCUGAAAAUCUGUAUGGAUACACAUCUUCUGAAGCUUUAGGGAAAACAGCCCAUGAGCUUCUAGUAGAUUCCAACGAUUACACAUUAGCUGAAGCUAUUUUACAACGAACAGCAAAAGGGGAAAGCUGGUCUGGUCAAUUUCCAGUUAAAAACAAAUUAGGGGAAAAAUUUAUCGUUAUGGCUGCAAAUACACCAUUUCGUGAUGAAAAUGGAACCCUAAUUGGUGUUAUAUGUGUAUCAAGUGAUACACGCCCCUAUCAAGAAAUGAAGCCAUUAGCAACCAUCAGUGCUCCAAGAAGAAUCGCUUCAGCUAAACUUGGACUCGAUCCUCAACAACCUUUACAGACUGCAAUCGCCUCAAAGAUUUCAAAUCUGGCCACAAAAGUUAGCAACAAGGUGAAGUCAAAAAUGAAACCCGGAGAAAACUUCACGGAUCAUGAAGACUCGGAUCACAAAGAAGAUGGAUAUUCAAGUGGGGCAAGUACUCCAAGAGGCGAUCUUCCUCAAUCACCAUUUGCAGGAGGAUUCUCUUCAAAAGACCAAAUUACCGGAAAGCCCUUGGGAGAUUCAGGUGAUGAGGGUGAAAACAAGCCCGGGAUCCACAAGCUUCUAUCUUCAAAAGCGGAAGCAUGGAUGGGCAAAAAGGGAAUUACAUGGCCAUGGAAAGGAAACGAUAACAGAGAAGGCGGGUCGGAUCCAAAAACGGGUCGUUUUGGUUUGCAUUGGUUACAUAAUAAUAAUGAUCAAGAACAUGAAUCUGGUCAACAAACAAAAGUAGAAAGUCAACCGUGGGAAAAUACGAAUCGAAAUGAGGCUUCAGGGUCAUGGUCUUCUUCUUUUAAUGUUAAUAGUACAAGUAGUGCAAGUAGUUGUGGAAGCACAAAUAGUAGUGCUAUAAAUAAAGUGGAUGUGGACACUGAUAGCUUGGAUUAUGAAAUAUUAUGGGAAGAUUUAAUAAUUGGUGAACAAAUCGGACAAGGUUCAUGUGGGACGGUAUAUCAUGCAUUGUGGUAUGGAUCGGAUGUUGCUGUCAAGGUUUUCUCAAGACAAGAAUAUUCAGACGAUGUGAUAUUAUCAUUUCGACAGGAGGCCCAUGUCUCUCUAGUCAAGCUGGCUGGUUUUUGCAUGUUGAUUUUAAGGUCUGGUUGUGGUUGUUGUUGA